AUGCAGGACCCCCUGCCCCCAUGCGACCUCCCCUGCUCUCUCUCUUCCUCCCCUCCUGUCUCCGCGGAGGAAACUGCGACCUCCGCUCCUGGGGACCUGACUGGUGCAGGCGAGCUUGCACUCGGCCUCUGCCAGAGCGUGGCUGCAGACACGAAUGGAACGAACCUUGUCAUUUCUCCCGCCGGCAUGACACCCCUCGAGAUCCUGCAGUUUAACAGUGGCGGGCAGCGGGCAGAGACCCUGGGUUACACUGUCCACAGUAAGAGACCAGUGACAGAGUUCAUGCAUGCUGUUUAACCCACACUACCCAGCUCCAGCCAGGGCUCCGAGACGGAGCUGGCCUGCACCCUGUUUGUGCAAGCGAAGACACCGUUCCCCUGCUUUGUGGAACAGGUCUCCUGGUGGGCCAGCUGCAGCCUGCAGCCAGCCAACCUCAGGGAGCCCAACGGCAGCAGCCAGGCCAAGAAGUGGUGUCCAAGCAGAGCACAGACUAGAGCGUGUACACAGGAGUCAGCCACACAGUCACUCUCUCUAGCAGAUGGGGGUCCAGGGAGCUUGACGCAGGACCAGGGUGGCCCAGCAUUUGCUCAGCUGGUGCUUGGAAGAGCCAUGUCUUUCCAAAGCACUUGGUGGCAGAGAUUCCCCUUCAUAGACACGCAGCUCCUGCCAUUCACCUGUGCACAGGGCCUCGUCCUCCAGUUCCCCAUAAUGUACCAAACAGCUGAAGUCAACUACAGUGAGCUCCUUCUCCACCAGCCGGUGUCUAAAGUGCGAGGAGCCCGGGAGCAGUACAGCCCGGAAAGGAGACCAGGUGUCUGCUCCGAAAGAUUUAGGAUCCAUAAUUAUUUCACCUUAAGUAAUACUUUAAAUUCUUGGGGAGUCACUGAUCUUUUUGAGCUACUCAAAGCUAACUUGAAAGAAAUUUUCAGUAACAACAGUUCUUCCAAGAUUUUUAGCAUUGUGUUUAUCCUGCAGAAAAAGACCACCUGCUUAAAUAACCAGUUUCUUCACUGGCUUGAGGACAAGGAUGCCAGGUUAGGCCAAGACGGCUUUUAUGUUUUUGGAGAAAACCACAAAGGCACCAAGGCACCAGCAGCCACAGCUUUAUUUUUACUAAAAAGGUCUCUUCCUAUUUUUAAAGCAGAUUGGCCAUUCAUCUUUUUCCUGAGAGAACACAACACAGGUAUAUCACAGUAUGUUUCGUUAGAAUUUAAAUAUGUAUCAGCGUCUCUCUAG